AAAGCCAAACUUAGUUUGGUACGAAAGUCCUAGUAAUAGUGACAGUACGUGGCAAAGAAACGAGUCUAGAGAGGAACGUGAAGGAUACGGUCGAAGCUAGCGAGAACCUCAGUGAGCCGAAACCACCACGAUAUGGAAAGCUUGGCUAAACCGCCGACUUUAGGCGGGGCUGAAGAAGGGAGGCUGUGGCGCAAAGCACUGUGGGGCACUGGCAACGUGGGGUGGGACGGAAGCCUCCGAGGGUCAGAUCUUACCGACGCGGGAAGUCCAGACACCAGAACUGUCUGAAGAGAAGGCCUGAGCCGGGGGAGGCUCGGGCUCCAGCGGAGGCCAUGGCGGAGAGGCCUGAGGACCUAAAUCUGCCCAACGCCGUCAUUUCUAGGAUCAUUAAGGAAGCGCUCCCGGACGGCGUCAACAUCUCCAAGGAGGCCCGGAGCGCCAUCUCCCGCGCCGCCAGCGUCUUCGUUCUGUAUGCCACAUCCUGUGCGAACAACUUCGCAAUGAAAGGGAAGCGCAAGACUCUCAAUGCCAGUGAUGUGCUGUCAGCCAUGGAAGAGAUGGAGUUCCAGCGGUUCGUUACACCGUUGAAAGAAGCUCUAGAAGCAUACAGGCGGGAACAAAAAGGCAAGAAGGAGGCUUCCGAGCAAAAGAAGAAGGACAAAGACAAAAAAACAGAUUCGGAAGAGCAGGACAAGAGCAGGGAGGAAGACGAUGAAGAUGAAGAACGAUUGGAUGAGGAAGAACAGAAUGAAGAGGAGGAAGUAGACAACUGAGUGGAGAGUGGGCAGACUGUGGCGCCAUGGAAGUGACCACCUACAGUGUUUUCAUGUGAAGCCUUUCCCUGCAAGGCAGAGCCAUCUUUGGCACAGGUGCCUGAGAUCAAAAUAAAAACUGACCAGAAAGAUGAAAAUCAGCUCUUCCAACACUCAGAGAACCUGAAGAAUCAGUCUGGAGGUUGUGACUUUUUAGUAUAAGGGAUUCUGAAUGACUAAAUAGUUUGAUAUCGUUUGUUUACUUAAGUAUGUGACUAGCUACUUUUUGAUCCCAUUUCCCUGCCCCUCCAAAAAAGUAAUAACUUCCAUGUUGGCUGCUGUGUUUCAGUUCACAGAGGCCCUAAAGGCUCAGGGGAGAAACGGGGCUUUGAGCAGUCACCCUGUUUGAUUGUACAGUGUUAGCAGUAGGUCAGAAUGGUUGCUCUUUAAGAAAUGACUAAAAAGCUGUAGGAGAAUAAGGUAAUCUCGUCACUGGAUUGUAGCAUUACUUGUUAGUUUAUUGUCUAGAGUUAAUUAGCCUGUAGCCCUUCUUUAUUGACUGUAGAUGUUCCGUCUGCUGUGGUGGCUGCACAUACAUUCUUAAAUUCUUAAUGUCGAUUGUAAUCUGUCAAAAAAAAUGGUGCCAAUUCUUAAAAACAGAUGGCUCAAUCUUUGGCAGUAACUCAGUGCCUGCACUGUAAGAUUUAGUGCUACCCCCUGGAAGGCAUAAAAUCUCAGGCUCUCUCUUCAUUAGCCCAUUUCCCUGACCUGCAGCUGCUGCUUUUCAUUCCCUGAACUCUUGACAAGUUCCAGAAUUUUUCUCCUCUAGCUCUUUCCCCCAUACAUCUCUCUCCUGCCUCUGCUUCCCAGCCCCACUUUCUCCUCCUUUUACUUAUUUCAUCUUCCAGUCUAGGAUCUUUAAUAACCUAUAUACUAUCCCAAAGUGCAAGUUCCUCAGAUUCCUUCGUCCUCCUGAAAUGCCUCUGAAGCUCCAGGCAGAUAUAACGGUGCUGGGGAAUCUAGCGCCAGAGCUGCCACGCUGUGGCUUUGGAAGUGUCUGCUGGCCUUCCCUUUCUCCCCAUUCAGUGCUCCACGCACUUUUUUGUUUUAGCUGAGCACUUGAGGUUGACAAGUAAUGUAAUAUAGCUGGAUACUGUGAGCUGGGUGAGUGGCUGCGGUGAAGACUAUUGAAAGUGACUGGGGACUGCUGAGACGAUUUUAAUGCUUUAUACAAAUAAAGAACAUUUUUGUUUAAAA